CGCCCCUGCUCCGCCUCUUCCUCUCCGGCGGCCGUGGGGCGGGAAGGGACGGGACGGGAAGGACGUGGGGCUGCCGGCUCUAUGGCCGCGGUGCUGCUCGCAUGGGGUGCAAACAGCUAUGGACAGCUUGGUGUUGGUCAUAAAGAGGAUGUGCUGAUACCUCAGUCACUGAAAGAUGUUUCCUGCAAAUGUGAGGACAUUAAGAGCAUUACUGGAGGAGGGGGACAUUCUGCAGUUAUCACUGGUGCUGGAGAACUCUUUGUGUGUGGCCAUAACAAAGAAGGGCAGCUGGGACUGAAUCACACAGACGAUGUACCGCGUUUCACUUUGUGCGCUACCCUGUUUGGCUUUCAUGUAAAAGAAGUUGCCUGUGGUUGGGAUUUUACAAUCAUACUAGUAGGAACUGGCCUAGUUCUGUCCUGUGGGUCUAACGCUUUUGGACAAUUAGGAGUUCCUCAAAUCUCAGGUCCAUGCUUGACUCCACAAAAGAUUGAGUCCCUUAAAGAGAAGGUGGUGGAUAUUGCUGCAGGACUGAGACAUGCCCUUGCUGCUACAGAGAGUGGCUUGGUGUUGCAGUGGGGCACUGGCAUGGCAUCUCGGGCAAAGCGGGCCAACCAAGGAAAAACGCUCCCCCUGUUCUUGUCUGCAAAGGAGCCCUGUGAAGUGACAGGCCUGGAAGAUGUAAAAGUGAAGAGAGUUACUGCAGGCUCCUAUCAUUCUGUGUCACUUACAGAUAAAGGACACCUCUACGUCUGGGGUAGCAACAAACAUGGGCAGCUAGUAAGUGAAGAGAUUUUCCUUGUUGAGCCCAAGAAGAUAGAGACUCAGUUUUUCUCACAUGAAAAGAUUGGAGCAGUUUGGAGUGGUUGGACCCACUUGGUGGCACAAACAGAAACUGGGAAGGUGUUCACCUGGGGCAGAGCAGACUAUGGGCAACUCGGAAGACCCACCGUGGUUCCCAACAGACAGGAGGCAAACGCAGUGUCUGAACAAUGCUUGGAGCUGUUGUGUAACAUCCCUAUUUCCGUGCCUUGCCUAAAUGGAGCAUCUCAGAUUGCAUGUGGCUCAGAGCAUAAUCUGGCAGUAGUUGGUGACUCCUGCUUCUCCUGGGGAUGGAACGAACACGGGAUGUGUGGUGAUGGCACAGAAGCAAACGUUCAGGUCCCGAAGCCAGUCAAAGCUCUCGGUUUUGCAAAGCAGAUCUUAAUUGGAUGCGGGGCAGGACACUCCAUGGCUCUUUGUCACACUUCACAUUAGACUCGGCACAGCAGAAAUCAGAGCAUCAUGGAUGUGGAUGGACAGCUUUGUAUUGCAGAGCUCAGCGUUGCUGCGGGAAGAUUGCCCGUGAUCAACACAGCAGCUGGAAAGUGCCCAAGUUUGUUCUGAAACUAAAAGCAACGAGUACGCAUAUAGAAGAGUAUUAGAAAAAAAAUGAACAAUUAUUUUUUUAAUUAUUUCAUGGGUUCUUUACGCAGGUACUGACUUUCUUAUCUGCAGGUAGAGUGACAAACAUUUUGUUUUGGUGCAAUAUAACUGAAGAAAGAAUGAGUUCUUGUUCUUUUGAGAAGUCUGUGAGGAGGAAGCCAACUGUCUAAUCGCUUAUCAUUAGUGUAAAAAUCCAGUCUGAGG